GUCCGUUCCAGCCUCUCGAGGAAGAAGUGAGGUCAGACCAUCAUGGCUGCCGUAAUGAGGCUUGUAUACAGAAGCUCUUUAAGUUCAGCCAUGGGUCAGAAGUAUGUGGCGUUUAGCUCAACAGCAAAGGUCAAAGCAGCUGACGUAAGAGCAGGUCAAGCUCUUCCAGAGAAGGUGAAAAUAGUGGAGGUGGGACCCAGAGAUGGUCUUCAGAAUGAAAAGACUAUGGUGCCAACAGAGACUAAAAUAAAUUUGAUUGACAUGUUGUCCGCGUCAGGACUGCCAGUCAUUGAGGCCACCAGCUUUGUAUCUCCAAAAUGGGUUCCACAGAUGGCAGACCAGGUAGAGGUGAUGAAGGGGAUUGAUAGGAAACCUGGAGUGUCUUACCCGGUCCUCACCCCCAACCUCAAAGGUUUCCAGGCUGCGAUAAAAGCAGGAGCUUUAGAGGUAGCCAUAUUUGGUGCUGCAUCUGAGCUGUUCAGUAAGAAGAACAUAAACUGCUCAGUGGACGAGAGUUUACAGCGCUUUGACGAGGUUAUGAAAGCAGCUAAAGAGGCUGGUGUUCCAGUUAGAGGGUAUGUGUCAUGUGUUCUUGGAUGUCCAUAUGAAGGCAAGGUGGCACCUGAAAAAGUUGCACAUGUAGCUAAGCGUCUGUACUCCAUGGGCUGCUAUGAGAUCUCUCUGGGUGACACUAUUGGAGUGGGGACUCCAGGUAGCAUGAGUAAAAUGCUAGAGGUGGUGAGCAGAGAGGUGCCAGUUAAUGCCUUGGCAGUGCACUGCCACGAUACCUACGGCCAGGCCCUUGCUAACAUCCUUGUAGCCUUACAGAUGGGAAUCAGUGUGGUUGACUCAUCAGUAGCUGGACUCGGUGGUUGUCCCUAUGCCCAGGGGGCUUCUGGGAAUGUUGCUACUGAAGAUGUAGUCUAUAUGCUGCAUGGACUUGGGAUUCAAACAGGAGUGGACCUCUCAAAGCUGAUGGAUGCUGGAGCUUUCAUCUGUCGAACCCUCAACAGAAAGACCAACUCCAAAGUGGCGCAGGCCACCUGCAAGCUGUAGACAAAAGCCAAACCACAGGCUCUUUCACAGACUGUACACUGCAGCACAACCAUGCAACCUGGAGCCAUCAUUCUCUGUAUGUUCUAUUCUCCCUAUUCUCAUUUUAGUUUGAUUCAUCCUCUCCUGGUAUGAGAAUAUUACUUUAAGGUUUAGAUGGUACUACUGACCCCUCCCUCUGUUUAAAAUAAAAUAAGCACAAAUAAAAUACCUGAUUCACUAUAUGAUAGCAUAGCUGAAACAGUGCCUUAUGUAAAGUCAGUCUAAUCAUACAUAUCCUACUUUAAUUCUAUGCCUUCAAUAGGUUUUUUUUUAAUGGUGUGAUUGCAUUCCUUUCUGGGCAGUGGGUUUAUAAUAAUGAACCAGUAAAAAUGUCCUAGGUAUGGAUAAACUCACUGUUGUAUGCAGUGAUCACUGUCUUCAAAUUAAUUCUCUAUAGGGAGCAUCUAUGGAAACGUAUCAGUUCUUUUGACCUUGGGCAUUGUACUGGCUUGUGAAAAAAAAUAUUGAUGUGCUGUGUAUUUAUUUUAAAUUGCUUCUCUUCAAAUUCAUCAUGUAAAUAUUCAACUAGAUUGUGAAUUUUAAAAAUAAAUACUAUUUCAUAAAUAAAA